GGUUACUUACCUGCCUGGAGUUUCUGUCUCUUAGUCUUUGGAGGAGAAUUGACUAGAUUUCUUCCUGAAAAUGCAUGAUACCGUGUGAGUACCUACUAUGUGCCAGCCUGUGCCAGGCACUGGGGACACAGGUGGAAAAGUCCGAGUCGUUCCCUGCUUUUCUGGUUCUCGUCGUCCCGGAGCGUUAUGUCAUGCCCAGACCAGCAGAGGGCUCCAUGAGGAGUUAUAGAAGAUGCCCCGCGUCUCUGCGCCUUUGGUGCUGCUUCCUGCGUGGCUCGUGAUGGUUGCCUGUAGCCCACACUCCCUGAGGAUCGCUGCUAUCUUGGAUGACCCCAUGGAGUGCAGCAGAGGGGAACGGCUCUCCAUCACCCUGGCUAAGAACCGCAUCAACCGCGCACCGGAGAGACUGGGCAAGGCCAAGGUCGAAGUGGACAUCUUUGAGCUUCUCAGAGACAGCGAGUACGAAACUGCAGAAACCAUGUGUCAGAUUCUCCCCAAGGGAGUGGUCGCUGUCCUGGGACCAUCGUCAAGCCCAGCCUCCAGCUCUAUCAUCAGCAACAUCUGUGGAGAGAAGGAGGUCCCUCAUUUCAAAGUGGCCCCAGAGGAGUUUGUCAGGUUCCAGUUGCAGAGAUUUACCACCCUGAAUCUUCACCCCAGCAACACCGACAUCAGCGUGGCUGUGGCGGGGAUCCUGAACUUCUUCAACUGCACCACUGCCUGUCUCAUCUGUGCCAAAGCAGAAUGCCUUUUAAACCUGGAGAAGCUGCUCCGGCAAUUCCUUAUCUCCAAGGACACGCUCUCAGUCCGGAUGCUGGAUGACACUCGGGAUCCUACUCCGCUCCUCAAGGAGAUCCGGGACGACAAGACAGCUACCAUCAUCAUCCAUGCCAACGCCUCCAUGUCCCACACCAUCCUCCUGAAGGCAGCUGAGCUGGGGAUGGUGUCAGCCUAUUAUACAUACAUCUUCACUAAUCUGGAGUUCUCCCUCCAGAGAAUGGACAGCCUUGUGGACGACAGAGUCAACAUCUUAGGAUUUUCCAUUUUCAACCAAUCCCAUGCUUUCUUCCAAGAGUUCUCCCAGAGCCUCAACCAAUCCUGGCAGGAGAACUGUGACCAUGUGCCCUUCACUGGCCCUGCGCUGUCCUCAGCCCUGCUGUUUGACGCCGUCUAUGCUGUGGUGACAGCAGUACAGGAACUGAACCGGAGCCAGGAGAUUGGUGUGAAGCCCCUGUCCUGCGGCUCGGCCCAGAUCUGGCAGCAUGGCACCAGCCUCAUGAACUACCUGCGCAUGGUAGAAUUGGAAGGUCUCACCGGCCACAUUGAAUUCAACAGCAAAGGCCAGAGGUCCAACUAUGCCUUGAAAAUCUUACAGUUCACCAGGAAUGGUUUUCGGCAGAUCGGCCAGUGGCACGUGGCAGAGGGCCUCAGCAUGGACAGCCACCUCUACGCCUCCAACAUCUCCGACAGUCUUUUCAACACCACCCUGGUCGUCACCACCAUCCUGGAAAACCCGUACUUAAUGCUGAAGGGGAACCACCAGGAGAUGGAAGGCAAUGACCGCUACGAGGGCUUCUGUGUGGACAUGCUCAAGGAGUUGGCUGAGAUCCUCCGCUUCAACUACAAGAUCCGCCUCGUCGGGGAUGGUGUCUACGGCGUGCCUGAGGCCAACGGCACCUGGACGGGCAUGGUUGGGGAGCUGAUUGCUCGGAAAGCUGAUCUGGCUGUGGCAGGCCUCACCAUCACAGCUGAACGUGAGAAAGUGAUUGAUUUCUCGAAGCCAUUCAUGACGCUGGGAAUUAGUAUUCUUUACAGAGUUCAUAUGGGACGCAGACCGGGCUAUUUCUCCUUUCUGGACCCCUUUUCUCCAGGAGUAUGGCUCUUCAUGCUUCUAGCUUAUCUGGCCGUCAGCUGUGUCCUCUUCCUGGUGGCUCGGUUAACUCCCUAUGAGUGGUACAGUCCACAUCCUUGUGCGCAGGGCCGGUGUAACCUCCUGGUCAACCAGUACUCCCUAGGCAACAGCCUCUGGUUUCCGGUCGGAGGCUUCAUGCAGCAAGGCUCUACCAUCGCCCCUCGCGCCUUGUCCACCCGCUGUGUCAGCGGCGUCUGGUGGGCAUUCACACUGAUCAUCAUUUCCUCCUACACGGCCAACCUGGCAGCCUUCCUGACGGUGCAGCGCAUGGAAGUGCCCAUUGAGUCCGUGGACGACCUGGCUGAUCAGACCGCCAUUGAGUAUGGCACCAUUCAUGGAGGCUCCAGCAUGACUUUCUUCCAAAACUCCCGUUACCAGACCUACCAACGCAUGUGGAAUUACAUGUAUUCCAAGCAGCCGAGUGUGUUUGUGAAGAGCACGGAGGAGGGGAUUGCCAGGGUGUUGAAUUCCAACUACGCCUUCCUGCUGGAGUCCACCAUGAAUGAGUACUAUCGGCAGCGAAACUGCAACCUCACUCAGAUUGGGGGCCUGCUGGACACCAAGGGCUAUGGGAUUGGCAUGCCAGUCGGCUCAGUGUUCCGGGAUGAGUUUGAUCUGGCCAUCCUCCAGCUUCAGGAGAACAACCGUCUGGAGAUUCUGAAGCGGAAGUGGUGGGAAGGGGGGAAAUGCCCCAAGGAGGAAGAUCACAGAGCCAAAGGCCUGGGAAUGGAGAAUAUUGGUGGAAUCUUUGUGGUUCUUAUUUGUGGCUUAAUAGUGGCCAUUUUUAUGGCUAUGCUGGAGUUUUUAUGGACUCUCAGACACUCAGAAGCAUCAGAGGUGUCCGUGUGUCAGGAGAUGGUGACAGAGCUGCGCAGCAUCAUCCUGUGCCAGGACAGUAUCCACCCCCGGCGGCGGCGCUCUGGAGGCCUGCCACCCCAGCCCCCGGUCCUGGAGGAGCGCCGGCCCCGGGGUACCGCGACGCUCAGCAAUGGCAAGCUGUGUGGCGCCGGGGAGCCCGACCAGCUGGCGCAGAGACUGGCACAAGAGGCCGCCCUGGUGGCCCGCGGCUGCACGCACAUUCGCGUGUGCCCGGAGUGCCGCCGCUUUCAAGGCCUGCGGGCGCGACCGUCCCCGGCCCGCAGCGAGGAGAGCCUGGAGUGGGACAAGACCACCAACAGCAGCGAGCCCGAGUAGUAGCAGCCAAGGACCGGACCGUGGAGCCAGGCGGGGAGGCGGGAGGGCUGACUUUACAACAUCCUUCUCUCCCUCCGGGUUCAAGAUUCAAUCACUUCACAAAGCGAU